AGUUAGAGCAUUUACCACCUGUAAUGUUGAUGUCCUUUCGGCCUUAAAUAUAGUGCUAUUUUGAAGCGUAACGAUUGAGAGUUAUAUCUUAUUCAACCACCUCAUCUUCGAUGUAACUAGCUGUUAGGCUUCGUAUGCACUGUAAACGCCAUUUUUUCCUGGUGUUUUUACACUGAAGAAAGGUUUAAAGUUCACGAUAAAGUUGCCAAACAUGGCAGGUCUAUUCGGACUUGCGACUGUUCCGGAGAGGAUUUUUAGACCACUAUUAAGGGCUAAAGGUGUGCACAGCAGCUGGGGUCGGUCUUUACCGUCGGUCAACCUGACCUCAUCUCAGGAGAGGCGCGGGUACCGCGCUGCCACGUGCACUGAGCUGAAGAAACCGCUGAUACUGAAAGACAUUGCAGCCAGUGAACUCAAACCAUCCGAGGUCAGGGUGGAGGUCCACUUCUGUGGGGUGAAUUUUGCCGACAUCCUGGUGUGUCAGGGGCUGUACCAGGAAAAGCCCCCUCUGCCUUUUACACCAGGAAUGGAAUUUUCAGGCUGUGUGAUGGAAACUGGGUUGGAGGUCACAUCUGUGCAAAAGGGUGAUCGUGUCAUCGGAAUGGGAGGAAAGGCGAUGGCAGAGGAGUGCGUUGUGGAUCAAAAGCUGCUGUGGAAAAUCCCAGAUGAGCUGAGCUAUGAAGAAGCUGCCGCACUUCCUGCGUCUUACGGCACAGCUAUCCUAGGACUGCGGCACAGAGCACGCACACAGCCAGGGGAGACGGUCCUAGUGACAGCUGCAGCGGGGGCUGCGGGCCUAGCUGCUGUUGACAUUGCAUCCCAUGUUCUCAAGGCCCAGGUCAUUGCAGCAGCGGGAAGUGACCGUAAGUGUGCCCUUGCGGUGCAGAAAGGAGCAUCAGCCUCCAUUAACUACACCACCAGCAAUCUGAAGGACGAGCUCAAGAAGGUGACCAACAAAAAGGGAGUGAAUGUCGUCUUUGAUGCUGUCGGCGGGGACGUCUUUAAGAACGCUUUGUCAUGUCUAAGCUGGGAGGGGAGGAUAGUAGUUGUAGGAUUUGCAGGGGGGAAUAUCCCUGCUAUUCCAGCCAACCUACUUCUGGUGAAAAACAUUGCAGCGAUGGGUGUGUUCUGGGGCCGGUACCGGGAUGAGGACUUCCCGGUGUUCUCCGAGUCCAUUUCUGAUGCCAUCCGGUACUGCCAGGCAGGAAUGAUCAAACCGCACAUUGGAGCCAAGUUCAAGUUACAUCAGGUGAAUGAAGCCUUUCAGUACAUUCUACAGAGGCAGUCUGUGGGGAAAGUGGUCUUAUCCAUGAAGUGACACUCAGAACGCUACCAGUAAGCCAUCCUGUCAUUCCCCUGUGGGUGACACUUGGAUAUACUGGUUUGGGACAGAUGUCCCUCCCUAUAAACUCUCAAGCCCCCUCCUGUACAGCAGAAGGACAAAAGACCAUUAUAUCACUUCAAGGUUGAAUUCUUUGCAUACCAUUCUCAUACUCAUUGAGGUGAAGAUGAUAAAAUCUGCAUUAUUUGACAAUAUCUGGAACAUAUCAAUAACAAUGCAUACACAUUUACAACAGAUCUGC